AUGAUCUUUGGUGUGAAUAUAUGUUUGGAAGGAUUUCAGAAUUCUUGUCCAACUGGAUCCCCACUGAACCCACGGAACCUCGACCAACCACAGUCAGCCAUUUCCCAUUUGAUGCGACCUCCGACCAAGUGCGACGGACACAGACGUCCGGUGAGAGGACUGGAUCUCUGCCUGCCGUCUUCGAUCAUUCAUAUCGAACUCCGUCGGGGGCGGGACUAUACUUAUGCACGGGCUAAAUUUAUUUGCUUUUUUUUUAGAUUCAAUCAGCCUAUAGCUAUGCCGAAAGACCCCAACGUUCUGAAUCUACUUGGAGAGGACAAAUCGACGCGGAUCCAGAAACGCCUACCUACUCAAAACGACGAAGAGAGAUUAUUGCCCGGUAGUACCAUACGUGGCGUAGUGAACGAGGAGCUUACAGGUGGUUGUUUUUCCAGGUCAGACCCUGCCGCGAUAAGGAUUAUACCUGGACGAGCGGGGCAAAAGUAUGGUCGCAAGAAUAAACCGAAUAUUCCAUCGUUGAAACCUCACGAUACAAUAUCACAACGUGCUCGAGAAAGCGGACCAGUUCAUGCGCAGGGGAAAGCAGAUCGGAGCAGCAACAGUCAAAGAAGUACUAGAGUUAUCGUCACCCGUCCAGAAAAUGGUGCCGUACACGACGAUCAGGAGCGGCCGUCGAAACGUCGGCGCAGAGAGAGCCAGGACACGUCCGGAGGGAUCAUAAGCAUUCUCGACGAUGAUAUCAUGGAGCAAAUCCCCCCGGAUAACUCAUAUUCUGCUGGACACUCGACACGGUUGUCGCCUUCACUCAGUCAACAUUCAGAAAGAACGAAGCUAUGGGAUCCGAGUUUCAAACGCAAUAGAGUUGACGAGUAUCGUGACGUGGAGAGGGGCAUCAAACCCCCUCGAACUCCCAAGCGAGGCUCUAUAAAAUACUCUCAAUUAUCUUCGGAUGGAUACUAUGAAGAGCGAUUUACUGAGGACGCAGCCAGAGAGAGGCGCGGGACGGCGUCAAAAGUGGAACCGGAGUCAACCAAAAUUGCGUGGCCAGAUCGAGUGGGGAAGCAUGAAGCCAUCGAGAGUGUCGAAGUACAUCCGCGUCUCUCGGAACAUCAAGAGGGUCCAAAUCUCCGUAGUCCUUCCGUUGGGACGGAUCAGAAUCAUCCAGACAAUCCGAGGGACAGUCCUGAUGAACUGCAAGGAGGCGCAACCGUCCAACCAGCUCCCAACACACUGAAAAGAGACCGUGAAAAAGAGACCACCAUUGCUAUGUCUGAAGCCAAAGAACAUCCAGGCAUAGUCGGUCGGCUGGCGUCUCCAUCUGAUAUACAGCCUACGGUAUUUACGGGCUCCUCCCAAAACCAUCGGAAAUCCGACAAGCGGAGAAAGGCUCCGGCAACGCCUGUCAAAUUAGCCGUUAAAUGCUUCUAUGCCACCUUCGUUCGAUUUGGGCCGCAUGAACACCGGUCAAGUCAAGCAUUUGAAAUAGGUGUGGAAACUACAGAGUCUACAAAGACUACAGAAACUAGUAUAACAUUUCCUUGGAACGGUCAAAGAACUUCUCUUGAGAGACUUGACAAGGUCGUACAGGGGGAGCCGCCUAGUCGGAGAGUUCGUCUACAGUUUUCCAGAAAAGGGGGGCUUGAUAACGAGAUGGACAUGGAAUUCUGCACGUCCGAGGAGCAGGAAACUUUGUGUAAUUUGUUAGAGAGAUGGCUGCACGGGCAACAUGUUCGGUGGCUAUACAGGCAGGAUGGUUGGUUGAAAGAUUCAUUCAUGAAACGGGCCGAAGAUCUGGCGGAACAGAAAGCGAAUGGAGCCAAGCGCCUUGGUGAAGACAAGCAAAAGCCCAUAUUAUACAGGGCGCCGGAAGUCGCUAAGAGGGUGAAAUUGUCGGACUCUUUACAGGACAAUAUUGAAAAUACUGCCGGACAAAUACAGCCUUCGGAUACCGCUUUGGUGGAAUGUUCGAAGUCCUCAGCAACCAAAACUUCGGGAACCUUAAACGCCGAAAGCACACGAGAACUACCUUCAAAUGAACAAGAAGCGGACAAAGCUCCUGUGAAGAAACUUUCCCCCAGAUCAUCAUUUUCUAAUCGGGCAACACGGUCAAUGUCGCGUCGGGCACCAGCAACAACAGUCUGUGAUGAUGAGGUUGAGGAUGAUGGCUCUCAGCAAAAGGCUGAAGAGACAGAUAAGAUAUGGCGCAAACCGCUUGUGUAUCCCCGCUUUGGCAAGAAAAAGGCUGAGGUCGAUGCCCAAGACCGUGAACGGCUGCGUGACAAUGAGUUCUUGAAUGAUAACCUCAUAGGCUUCUACAUGCGUUUUCUCGAAGAUCACUUAGAGCGGACUAACAAGGACGUAGCGAAGAGAGUCUAUUUCUUCAACUCGUACUUCUUCGCAACCCUGACAAACGUUAAGGGCAGAAGAAAUAUUAAUUAUGAAGGUGUUCAAAAGUGGACUCGCGCCGUUGACAUUUUCGGUUUCGAUUACAUCGUGGUCCCUAUCAAUGAAAACGCUCACUGUCGAAAUUUGGAACCUGCGAAAGACGAAGCAACCCGGCGUUCACUUGAGUCAAUGAGCUUGUUAGACAAAGAAGAAUCCAAAGACGGUGCACCAGAGUUGCCCCCUACAGAGUGGCCGGAGCAAGAAGAGAACCUUGCCUUUUCUCCCGCCAAGUUCUCCAGCCCUGCAGCUAUAGCAGAACCCACCCAAAAGGCUAGCCUGAGGGAAGCUCCUAGACUAGCAGCGUCUCCGCGUAAGGGCUCGAAGAAGGCAAAGCCCAGCGGAAAGCCUGGAGGUGCUAAAUUCGAUAUUCGUCAAGCAACUAUAAUUACUUUUGACUCUUUGGAUCUGUCUCGCUCACCCACCAUCAGUAAUCUCCGCGAUUACCUUUACGAAGAGGCCAAAUCUAAACGUGGCAUUGAAAUUGAUAGAAGCCUAAUCAGAGGCAUGAGGGCUCGAGCGAUCCCUUUGCAGUCCAACUAUUCAGACUGCGGCCUAUACCUUCUAGCAUACUUAGAGAAGUUCGUUCAGAAUCCGGACUUGUUUGUCAAGAAGCUUCUCAGAAAAGAAAUGAAGACGCAAGACGAUUGGCCGCUACUAAGGUCCGGUAUUCUUCGACGUCGACUGCGUGACUUCCUGGACGAUCUCUAUGAUGAGCAGGCGGAUUUAGACACUGAAAAAGACAGUGAAAAGAGAAUCAUGGCAGAUAGAUAUCCGAUAUCUUACCUUCUGGGGUCUUCUGCAUCGACAUCCGCCCAAAACGAAGAAUGCAGUGGCUUUCAGGAACCACAGGUCAAGGUCUCCUCAAAUUCUGAAAUAGAUCCACAAAAGUAUCCGCCUGACAAACGGAGACCAGCCUCAACCCAAUCGAGCCCCGCAGCUUACGACGGUGGCCGAGCUCUCAAAACGGAGAAAGACGGUGAGCAUAAAAUGGCACCCAGUCUUAAGGACCCAGGUGUGGAAAUCGCCUCUCCAAAUGCAACAGACAAAAUAGAAGAUGAAGGUGUCGAGGUCCAGGUCCCUGAUAGUCAGGAGGUAAUUGAGGAAAUUAGCUCUCAUUCAGCGAAGAUACCCAAGGAGGAAGACGGAUCUCCAAGCAAUUUAGCAGCGAUGAAGCCGGUGGACCACAAAAUGCGCUCGGUCGACGAUAAAAAAACAAAAAAGGCUGGACAGCCAGCGAAGCUUCCGACAGUCGAAGUGCAGAUUAUACCACCGUCUUAUCAAGGCGACAUGAAAUAUCAGCGCUCUGCCAGACAGAAACCCAAAUAG